CUCGUAAGCAGGAGAUUAUCAAGGUUACUGAGCAGCUGAUUGAAGCCAUCAACAACGGAGACUUUGAAGCUUACACGAAAAUCUGUGACCCAGGCCUUACAUCCUUUGAACCUGAAGCUUUGGGGAAUCUAGUAGAAGGGAUGGAUUUCCACAGGUUUUACUUUGAAAAUGCUCUAUCCAAAAGUAAUAAGCCAAUCCACACCAUCAUCCUCAACCCCCACGUGCACCUGGUGGGGGAGGACGCAGCCUGCAUCGCCUACAUCCGGCUGACGCAGUACAUGGAUGGCAGUGGCAUGCCAAAGACUAUGCAGUCGGAGGAGACGCGCGUCUGGCACCGCCGCGACGGCAAGUGGCAGAACGUCCAUUUCCACCGGUCAGGGUCGCCUACAGUACCUAUCAAUGCCUAGCGCAGAGGGAUCCCCAUCACGACCUCGGCCCCUAGACGCUACGCUAAAAAUAUCAGCGGUGCCGCUCUUGCAUUUUCUGUACCCAACGCACCUGAUUGAUUACCAUCUUGGCCAUCCCGUUCUCUUCAUGCAUGUUUCUGAGUGCAUGAAGCUGUGAAGGUUCUUCAUGUAACACAUUUGUGAUGCACCAUGUUGCUGUAUAUUCCAUCUGUACACUGUUAGCAUUUCAAUGAAGGUGAUGUUCCAUGCAAAUAGAGAAUAGCAAGGCAUAAAAGGCAAAGAAAUUAUUGAAUGGACAGCAGUAGAUACACAACACAUCUGUCACUUCCUCCAUCUAUGCCAAGUUUUGACAGACAACUUUAAAAACUGUCCUGUUUAU